CGCGUGGAUGUCCAUUUUCGGGGCAUCUUGCUCUCUAAAACGUUACGUUUUAUCUCAUUUCACUUUAUAUAAAGCUUGGAGAUCAUACUCAGAAUCGCUCCCAAACCAACACAAAAAAGACAUCUUAUUGUUGUUCAUAACCAUUAAGCCCCAAAUUAAAUCACCUUCAUUUCCAGAAAUUAAACCUCUCCCUUCUUCUUCUUCUUCUUCUUCUUCUUCUUCUUCUUCUUCGUUGUUAGCUUUCAUGGCUUCAUCGUCGGUCCAGAGCAAUGAUGCCAUUCAAGAGGUGAGUGAGAGACCUACACCUUUGGACCAGAAUGUUCUGCAGAAACACGUCGCCUUCUUCGACAGGAACCACGACGGCGUCGUUUAUCCUUGGGAAACAUUUCAAGGAUUUCGUGCAAUCGGGAGUGGGCUCCUCUUGUCCACUGUGAGUGGUUUCCUUAUCCAUUUCGCUCUCAGUCAGAAAACCCGUCCUGGGAAGUUUCCUUCUCCACUACUUCCAAUUGAAGUUAAAAACAUCCACAUGGCCAAACAUGGGAGUGACUCUGGAGUCUAUGAUACUGAAGGAAGGUUUGUUCCAUCGAAAUUUGAAGAAAUUUUCAAGAAGCAUGCAAAAACACGCCCAGAUGCUUUAACAUAUGAUGAACUCCAGGCCAUGAUGAAGGCCAACAGAGAACCUAAAGAUUUCAGAGGAUGGGUUGCUGCGUACACAGAAUGGAAGAUCCUAUACGAUCUUUGCAAAGACAAGGAUGGUUUACUGCACAAGGAAACAAUCAGGGGUGUUUAUGAUGGAAGUCUCUUUGAAAGGAUGGAAAAGGAGCACUCCGAGAAGAAAAAGAACAAGUAGCCCCAAUCUUCAACUCUGCAAUUACUACUUUUGGCAUGUUCUUUCUUUAAUUUUAUCCUUUUCUGAUUAUGUCCUUUAAUUUUAAAGAGUUUCAUAUUUGAAUUACGAGGCUUGAAUGACUUUUAAUUUGUCAUGGUGUGUGUGUAUAUAUAUAUAUAAUUUUAUGAAAGAAAUUGCCAUACUCA